AUGCCCCCACCUAAGAAGCCAAAAAAUGGUCCGACUACAGUGGAACAGUUCCUCUCUCAUGAGGAACUUAAGAAUAUGACAUGCAAGAAAGAGAAACUACAGACCCAAUCUUCAAAUGGUUCAAAUAAUAACUCAUCUGAGGUGGAGGGUAAGGAUUCUCCUCUGCCAGAAACUAGCAACUCAGGUUCACAACAAGCAGCAACUGGCAAUGGAGACAGUAAUAAUGAUAAAAGCAGCCAUAAAAUAUUGAGAAAAAUCAUAACAACUAAUGCAGAGGGCUCUGUUUCGUCUGUACAGAAGUCUAUGUCUUCAUCUAGUGAUGACCUGACACGUGAAAGAGAAUUGAUCAGUGUCAAAAUUGAGCAGCCGGAUUCAGAUUAUGAAAAUAAAUAUGACAAUGCAGCUACUACUGUCUCUGUGCCUUCGACAGGGAACAACUCAACUACACCAAUUCGAAACGGGAAGAUGAAAACCAUGGCAGCAGUCCAGUACCUCAAGCCACAGGAAAAAACAUCUCUUGGACAUUUCAAGAAUCAUUUCGACACCAAACAAACGGGUCAUUCAGAAAUCAGCCGAACAAUCCUCGCAACUGACCACCUCCACAUCUUUGAUCAGUCUGUUGUGCGACUACCUCUAACUGAUACCUCAGUAUCUCAGCCAAGUACCUCAUCCUUAUAUUCAGGAAUGGCAGUACCCAAUCUACCUCUCUACCCAACAACAGUACAGCCACCAGUCAACAAUGAACCCUUUGAUUUGUCUGUCAAGAAAAACAGUAUCAUGGAAAUGAUGCAGAACACUAAACUUACCCUCAGUAGAUCGGAGCAGUACGGAGAAGUUAUAUCACGGGUUGGAAUUCUACCUCAGGGACCGGUCAAGAUGCCACCGGCCACAAUAUCUCUAUCUCAAGCUCUUUACCUCACAGGCAGCUCGGCUAAAACAGCCAGCAGCAGCAUAUCUCCUGUUUCAGGGGUUCAACUCGGGGAUGUCAGGAGCUCAGAUGCUUUAAACCCUCAUCUUGUUGUCAACCUUUUAACCAAUCGACGACUUUCGCCAGAAGACUACCCACCAUCAACUGUUAUUACACCAAGAUCCAGUUCAAGAGAUAGUCAGUAUCCUGGUCGAGAUACAUUACCGAUAUCAGAUAUACCAUAUGGGUGA